AUGUCGCUGUCCUGGGAUGCUGACAAAAUCAUCGAUGACUGGCUCAAAUCUCAGCAUCAGGACAACGAUGAGUCUGAUUGGACAGAACCUUUUGUUGUUAGCUGCAGUCGAACGAAAAAUCCAUUUUAUUCCGAUUAUGCAAACAGUUUUAAGCAACUACCGUCAUACGAAGAAAACUGGAUUGUUGACUUAUACACUAAUCAAACAUUUGAAAUGAAAUUCACAGACUGUUCCGUCACAAAAUUUACUCCGAUUCCUCCUCGUCCAAUUACGUUUUUAUCAGAUUGCAGACUAAACAGCGCCAUACUAAUGACCAAAACAGUCGCAUGCCCUAUACUGCAAUCGUAUUGGACUGGAAAAAAGAUUAAUGUUAUAGAAAACCCAAUCAAUUUAGGAGCGGCGAUACAACGGAAGACAUCAUCGUACUUUGAGUUCACUGUUUCAGAAUUCCUUUCUAACCAAGAUCUCUUUGAACCUCUUUUAUUUACUGGAUUUAUGUUCAGCGGUCAACAAAUUGUAUCGGAACCAUGGAAUUUUGUGCCUUUGCCAUGCGCAGAAAUUCUUCGUGUUAGUGAUACUAAAGUUUUAGAAAAUACGAAAAUCGUCUAUCGGUUAAAUGAAGUUUCGGAUCGACUAUCUUUAGUGAUUAUCGCAUACCACCCUUACUCUCAGAAGAAUGGUACAACCGUUUUAUCAGCAUAUGAAAAGAAUUCAACAUCAAUCGAAGAAGCUCAAGCAACAAUCAAUAAAUCGAAGAACUCGAACAUUAAUAACUAUUGUCAACUCGGAUACUACAUAGUUUCGCUUCCAACAUUACUAGAAAACGACUUAUUACCACCACCUUUCAUUUCAUCCGAAACUGUUACAGAAAAGAUGCUUCAAAGCAUUGUACAAGGCGGUAUCAAAUAUCCUGCGGAAGAUAAACUGGGUCUUACCAUCAAAAUAAAGAUAUCUGCAAGAGAAAUCGAUGAUUCCACCGUAAUACAGUCAAAUAACCUCCUUGGAUCGAUGAAUUACUCAAUAACAGAGCCUAUACUUAACUUCAGUCACUCCUUGCUCGUUGAAAUGACCUCAGCAACCGUAAAAUUACCAAAUUGGAAAACUGAAGCCGUUUACGUGACCGUGGAGCUUAAGAAAGACCUUGAAAGCGACGGAAUGCCAUUAAUCAAGGACAGAUUCUCUCAAAAACACGUGGAUUGCGCAAAAGGAAUCGCAUGUCCCGCUCACAAGAAAGUAGCGUUCAGAGAAACGUUCAUUAUCGAUCUCCCGCAAAGAGUUGAGAAUGGUUCAAUCGUUGUCUUUACUUUUGUCGCAAUUUCGAGAAAAGGUGACAAAUUUGUUGAAGAAAAGAUUGGCUAUUCGUAUAUUCAUCUCAUGGAUAAGCAUGGUGAACAAGUAGCUCUUAAAGGAGGUAAGUUUGAGCUCGCAAUCAACGAAAUAAAUUCAAAUAAUCCACAAAGUCUCAGAAAUGGCUCUUCUUUGUUCUGCAAGAUCAUGACGACCAGAAGAUCCAAUCUACUUCCGAAAUCCCCCGAAUUAAUAAGAGUUUACAAGUCAAUUCAAAAUAAAUCUUUCAUUCUUGAGGAAUUUCGGAAAGUCGAGCCAAAAGCGUUGUUAAGAAGUUCGUUACAGAUCUUUGAUAUACUUAUUUCGAAUUUUACGGAAGCUCCAAAAGAUAUUUUCGAUAUCUUACUUUAUAUCGCUGAUAUUGCAACGGAUCUAUGUCCAAAGGCAUUUGAUAAAUUCUUGGAUGUGUUCUCCGUCGUUUUUUCCUUCAUGAAAAAUGGUAAUUCGACUCAUGAUUUUCAUGUUUCACUUUUAACAACGUGGGAACACUUUAUUCAUAAGGAACAUGAAGCUUGUAAGAAUGGAAUAGGAAGAGAUGCACCUCUAAUGAAUUUCUUCUUUGUUUUGCUCAUUAAAUCAAUUUAUAUCACAAAAGAUCGUGAUUUCCACCAAGAAAUCAACAUGUUUAUAGACGCUUUCACAAAGUCUAUAGUUGUUCUCAACAAAUCCAAUCACCAAUUGUCAAUCCAGUCGCUCAAAACUUUUUCAUUAUUCGUAUUGAAUCUUUUCGACAUCGGAUUCUACACAGCGGCCAUAGAUUCAAUAGAAGCCCAAGUCAAAGCGUUCGGAGACACAAAAAUAGACCUCAAAUCCUCACUUUUCAUUCUGAAAUCUUCACUUCAGCCAAAAGUGAUCGCAACGGCUCUUCUCCACAUCAAACAUUUCCCUGAGUUCCUGAUAGACCAGAUAGAACGUUGUUUGGUCGCUCAAAACUUCACUGAAUUGGAUAAAAUUUUUUCAAUUUUGAAUUACAACAUUGCGUGCCUUCCUACAUCGAUCUCCAUGGCUGUAUGUACCCAUAUCCUGCCAAUUCUCGACUUCGUUCCCUCUCUUGUCCUUGGAAAUACAGCGAAUGAAGAAAGUCCAUACGUAACAACGUUUAUUUACAUUGUUGGCAUUGUUGAUCCAGACCAUAUAAGGCAAUACAUCAGGACAGCAGAGUCAAAGUCGAGUUUCUUCAAGGCAAUUAUGAAAUCUCUCGAUUUCUUGAGUUAUUCAGGAAAAGCGAAUGAUUCCCAACAGAACAGAUUCUCCCAUAUGCACUGCAAGACCGAAAAAGAGCUUUUGUAUAAGAAAUCUUUCAGUUUAUUCAGAGAAAGAGCUUUUUCCGCCCAAACGAACGUAAUUCGGUUCAUGGGGAAGUUCAUUUUCGAGGAAGGAUACGUUGAAGAGUGCAGUUUGAUCAUUUACCAGCUUUUUUCGUCAAAUUUAGUAAUAAAUUUGGUCGAAGACUUAGUUUUGCUUCUCGUGGAGUUCAUCAAGCUCUAUCCCAAGGAAAUCUUCGAAAAUAAGAAGGUUCCUUUGGCAAAAUUCAUAAUGAAAAUUUUGGAAUUGUCCAGAUUCACGGAAUCAGGCAAUAUCUUCUUCGAUACACUUGAGCAGGUCGAUAAAGCCACUUACGGAUCAACAAACAGGAGUUUGAUGCUUGUAGAAAGAGUUAUUUACAAAUUGCCACUUUUUGUUGUUACAGAGAUAGUUUUGAACCAAUGUUUCGCAAGAACAAUAAUCUUCAAGUACCAGAAGCUCCUCAAAAUGCAAGAUAACUAUCAUAAUAAUAUAGAAUUAUUAGCUGAAGUGAUUUACAACAAACUGCUGCUUUUCCAGCAUUCUCCCGAUGUUGUCUGUGAAAUUCUCCAGGAAAUUGCCAGUACUUCUGCACUCUACGGAUAUUAUUUGGAAUUUGUUAUGUGUAACAUCGCAAUGCUCGCUGUUGUCUUCGAGUACAAUACUCUCCUUGGCCGUAUCGAUAAGAUAUUCGGCUGCGAUUCACAGGCAAUUGCUCUAACCCACAUUUGUCCGUUUGCGAAAGCCUUGAAAUGUCCGGAUAACAUUUUAAAGGACCUUCCCGACGUCCCUGGAUUUUGUGACUCCAAGUAUUUCCACUUUCCGGUCAUUAUUGACUGUAUUAUCAAAAUGAUAAAUUAUAGUCAAGAGAAAGAGUACCAUGAAAUCACUAUAGACCUGAUUGGCAUCGUCAUCCCAUUCAUGCAGUAUAACUCUGAUUACUCGUUCAUGUCUCAGACUUUGGGAAAUAUCUCAAAUUCAGCAGUUGCAGUGGCAGGAAUCGCAAAGGAUCAGGAGAGAUUGCUUGGUAAGUACUACAGAGUCAACUUCUUCGGUGAUGUUUUCAAGGAUGAUGAUAAAAAAUCUUAUAUUUACAGAGAAAAAGAACUUACUAACGUUUUCAAUUUCUCUAAGCGAAUAAUACAAGAUUUAACUAAUGUUCAUCCAGGAAAGAAGUUCGAAAUCAUCCAGGAAUCAUCAAAAGUCGAUGAAUCGAAAUUAAAUUCCGGAAUUGGAUACAUCCAGAUCACUUCCGUUGAUCCGUACAUUACCAAAGAAGAGAGGAAGUUGAGAACAUCGCAGUUCGAAGAGAAAAUGAACAACAAAUUGUUUUAUUUCGACACUCCUUACGUAAUUGGGUCAAAUGAAGCUCAAGGACCAAUAGACAAACAAUGUAGGAGACGAGCCAUCUUCGAACUCGAGCAUCCAAUGCCUUAUAUCCUCAAAAGACAACAAAUUAUUUCAUUUUCAACGAAAGAGUACAAUCCGGCCAAAGUUUCGCUGAGAAUGAUCAAGGACAGGACAUAUGAAAUGGUUUCGUUGAUCGAAACAAAGAAUACAUCGGGAAUUCAACAAAUGUUGAACGGAAAUCUUCUUGUACAAGUAAAUGUUGGGCCAAAGAGGAUUGCUGAGGUAUUCUUGGGCGGUCAGGCAGAGAUUGAUGAGAAAACAAGCUUAAAAUUAAAGAAAGCUUUUGCAGAUUUCCUCGAAAUCAACCAAAAAGCACUUAAAAUUCACGCGGAAUAUAUAAGACAGAAUCCUAUGUUCAUUUCAAUGCAACAGGAAUUGGAAAGCGGUUUUGAAGCAUUGAAAGAACUUAUUUCUAAGUAUAUUGUUUAA